GGAAAAAAAGGCCAAGGCCAUGAAGCGCGUCAUUGUGACCGGUGGCACUGGUCUGGUCGGCAAGGGCAUUGAGGCAGCGCUUGCCCAUGGCGAUGCCCGGGAUGACGAGGAAUGGAUCUUCCUCUCAUCCAAGGAUGGUGAUUUGAGUGACUUGGAAGCCACCCGUGCCAUCUUUGCCAAGCACCAACCGACGCACGUCAUCCAUCUCGCAGCCAUGGUCGGCGGUCUUUUCCGCAACAUGAAGUACAACCUUGACUUUCUGCGCGUCAACAUGGCCAUCAACGACAACGUCCUGGCCUGUGCACACGAGUUCAAGGUUGAAAAGGUGGUUUCGUGCCUCUCUACAUGCAUCUUCCCCGACAAGACGACGUAUCCCAUCGAUGAGACCAUGGUGCAUCUGGGCCCGCCCCACUCUAGCAAUUUUGGUUAUUCGCACGCAAAGCGUAUGGUCGACGUCUACAACCGAGCCUACCACGCGCAGCACGGGUCCAAGUUUACCUCAGUCAUCCCCACAAACAUCUAUGGCCCCCACGACAACUUUAACAUUGAUGAUGGGCACGUCAUCCCCGGCUUGAUCCACAAGGUCUACAAAGCCAAAGCUGCUGGGGAGAAGCUGACCUGCUGGGGAUCAGGUACACCGCUGCGUCAAUUCAUCUACAGCGAGGACCUGGGCCGCCUCAUGAUCUGGGCGUUGCGCGAGUACCCUGAGAUCGAUCCCAUCAUCCUCUCCGUGGAUGAGGCCGCAGAGGUCAGCAUCCGUGACGUUGUGCACAAAGUGGCCGAUGCAGCCGGCUUUUCGCGCGAUGAUGUUGUUUUUGACACGGACAAGGCCGAUGGCCAAUUCAAGAAGACGGCCGCCAAUACCAAGCUGCGCAAGUACCUCCCUGAUUUCAAGUUUACCCCGAUUGAUGAAGGCAUCAAGCGCUCCGUCGACUGGUUCUUCGAGAACUAUGAGCAAGCCCGCAAAUAAUUGAAUUUGUUCAAC